UGACACGCUGUCACUUCUCAUGAUAUCGAAUCGCACCCAAUCGCACCUUUCAACCUAGGAUUAGUGAUAUCAUCAAUUCAACCAAUUCACGGGAUUAAGUUAACAAUGUUGUCACUGGAAGAAAUCAAUAAAUUCGUGAAGUAUUGGUGGUUCCGAUAUUUAAUGAUCACCGAAAUGUAUAUGGUCGAGAAAUGGGAGGUUGUUGCGAUCCAUCUAAUAUUCGCUGCCGUCUUCUCCGUAUUUUGGUACUUCAAUUAUUCCGUGGUGCUUGGACUAUUCCCAAAUGUUGUCGACAAACCGGCAGAUUUGCGCGAUUUUCUUCAUUCCACUCCUGUUCUUCAUCAUGGAAGUGCAACAUAAGACAGCGUCGAUGUUGGUGUAAGUUAUGAUUCCAAAGACAGACUCCAUAAUCUAUUGAAUCUGAAGCAUUGUUCCUCGUCAAUAUAAUUUUUAUUAAUAUUUUGAUACGGAGACCGGGUGUAUUAAGGUCUUUAUUUUCACCUUCAAUGUUCAAAUUUUAUGUCGAUCAAAUAAAUCAAAUU